CUGAGAAGAAGCAUAAGGGCUUCCAGGAACUGGACCGCUUUAUGCACUACUACACCCGCUUCAAGAACCAUGAACACAGCUACCAGCUGGAGCAGCGCCUGUUGAAGACCGCCAAAGACAAGAUGGAACAGCUGAGCAGAGCCUUGAGUGGAAGAGACGGAGGCCCACCUGACACUACGUUCAUUGAAGAUGCGGUACUGGAGCUGUUGAAGACACGCCGUAUACUCAAGUGCUCUUACCCCUACGGCUUCUUCCUGGAGAUCAAAUCCACCAAGAAAGAGAUUUUUGAACUUAUGCAGACUGACUUGGAGAUGGUGACAGAGGACCUAGCUCAGAAAGUCAACCGUCCUUACCUCCGAACUCCCCGUCAUAAGAUCAUCCGAGCGGCCUGUUUGGUGCAGCAGAAGAGACAGGAGUUCCUGGCCUCCGUCGCCCGGGGGGUGGCCCCCAGCGACUCCCCAGAGGCCCCUAGACGCAGUUUUGGAGGUGGAACGUGGGACUGGGAGUAUUUGGGCUUUGCAUCUCCUGAGGAGUAUGCAGAGUUCCAGUACCGGAGGAGACACAGGGAUCGUCAGCAGCGGAGACAGAGAGGGGACAUUCCUCAUCUUGACGAGCAUAGCGACAUCACUUCAGACACACAGGAAAUGGGAGGUGGGCGAAGACAUGGUCCCCCCAUGGGCUCAUUGGAUGAGGACGAUCCCAACAUCCUAUUGGCUAUCCAGCUGUCACUCCAAGAGUCUGGGUUGUUGGCGAUGGCCGGGGACACUCCAGAGUUCUUGUCCAAUGAGGCGUCCCUGGGGGCCAUCGGCACCUCCCUCCCGUCCAGACUGGACGCGGAGUCCCAGGGAGUGGAGGUGGGGCCCCGGGGAGCCAUCAGCAGCUCAGAGCUCCUAGAGCUGGAGGAUCGUGUCAUGAGACUAGGCAACAUGGGGACCAUCAGCAGCCAGCACCUCUAUGAAGGGGUUCCAGGGGUCUAUGCAUUACACCACCACCCAUCCCAGCAGCACUACAGCAACCACCAUCUCAACCCAUUCAGGGAGCCUUCUUCACGUGAGGCUCUGUUCUCGUCCUCCAGUGGUACUACGGACUCCACUACCACCACCUCAACAGGACUCCAGGACCCCUCACACCCAAACACUAACCUGCUGGGCAACAUCAUGGCCUGGUUCCAUGAUAUGAAUCCUCAGAGCAUCACCCUCAUCCCCUCCACCAUCACCACCUCCUCAGACACAGACUUAGACUUCGACACGGCAGCACAGACCACGGCCAACACAGCCUCCGAGGUGAAGGAGGACCAGGUCCGAGCUGACCUCCACCAGCCCCGUGCCAAGCCCCAGAAAGGUGAGGGCGAGCUGGGGGAAGAUGGGGACUGUUUCCCCUUCCUUUCUCAGGGCCUGGAGGAGAAGGAAAGACCCACCCAUCUAGACCUGACGGUGGGGUCAGAGGUCAUGGCCUCGUCCUACAUGGUGACUACCGGGACAGGGGACCGGGCCGGGGAGAGGCUCGCUGGGGGUAACGUCGUUCACGUAGACACGCCCAUGUGUGACUCUGUGACCUCUGACCUUUUGCCUAGCACCAGCUCUUCAGAAUGGGAGGAGCAGAUACACCUGGUCUGAUUGGUGGAAGAAAAUCUUAAGUGGGACGGAGGAGAUACACCUGGUCUGAUUUAUGAUUGGAGGAAAAUUCCUGAGUUGGUGGAUCAAAUCCACCUGUUAUGACUCUGAUUGGAGGAAACAUAUGAGAUGGGAGGAGCAAACUCUCCUGGAAGACAGAAGCCUUCAGAGGGGUCAAACCACUGACAUGCAGAGAGAGCGAGAGAGAGAGGACCGAUCCUGACUGAGAGGGGACAUUACCCAGCAGCCAGUGAUGGUGUUGGGGGAAUUUAAUCCUGACUUGAUUGUAGUGCUAGGAGGAGAUAUAUUAUGAUGGAGUGUAUUUUCUCUUUCCAGUGUUUACAAGGACAUAUCUAACACUUGAUAGCUGGUCUAUACUGGCACGAGAUGCCCUCCCGGGUGAACGACGGACGGAGGACUGGACGGAUUCCUAAGAAGCGGGAUGGAAGGUGUUUGACUGGGUGUUUAUUGGUAUUAUAUUACCCACAAUGGAUAUUUUUCUUGAUAAAAUGAUGAACAAGUUGCUUCUCUCAGAUGAUCUGUUUUAGAUUACAACAUGAGGUGAUUAUAGUGCAUUAUUAUAGUGAAUACAUUUUGCAGGAGUUUUUUGAUCUAGUAUUUUGUUUUGAUAUCGAUGAUAAUAUUCUUAAAUGUUUUCUGCUGAAGUGUACUGUAUUGUGUUUGGGCUUGGUUCUGAGGGAGGCUGUACAGGAGAGUUCUGAGGGAGGCUGUAAUCCACUGUACAGGAGAGUUCUGAGGGAGGCUGUAAUCAGCUGUACAGGAGAGUUCUGAGGGAGGCUGUAAUCAGCUGUACAGGAGAGUUCUGAGGGAGGCUGUAAUCCACUGUACAGGAGAGUUCUGAGGGAGGCUGUAAUCAGCUGUACAGGAGAGUUCUGAGGGAGGCUGUAAUCAGCUGUACUAGGAGAGUUCUGAGGGAGGCUGUAAUCAGCUGUACUAGGAGAGUUCUGAGGGAGGCUGUAAUCAGCUGUACAGGAGAGUUCUGAGGGAGGCUGUAGUCCACUGUACAGGAGAGUUCUGAGGGAGGCUGUAAUCAUCUGUACAGGAGAGUUCUGAGGGAGGCUGUAAUCAACUGUACAGGAGAGUUCUGAGGGAGGCUGUAAUCAUCUGUACAGGAGAGUUCUGAGGGAGGCUGUAAUCAACUGUACUAGGAGAGUUCUGAGGGAGGCUGUAGUCCACUGUACAGGAGAGUUCUGAGGGAGGCUGUAAUCAUCUGUACAGGAGAGUUCUGAGGGAGGCUGUAAUCCACUGUACAGGAGAGUUCUGAGGGAGGCUGUAAUCCACUGUACAGGAACGUUCUGAGGGAGGUUAUAAUCAACUGUACAGGAGAGCAGUGCUGUGCUGCCUGCUUCUAGUAGUGUUAUUAUCCCAAUAUAACAGUGUACAGUCUGACUGAGCAGAAAAACCUGCUCUCAGUCCCGUCCAGAUCUGCCUAAUGUGUCGGUAAGUUUGUCAAACACUGGCUAACAAAAGCACAGUUUGUAAUCACCAAGUGGACUCCAAAAACGAAUUGUGCCUGCAUUAGAUCUAUUCCAUGUUGUUGUACUGAACCCAUUAGAAGACUGUCUUCAUGAAGAUGGACAAGGCCAGAACUCAUUAGAAGACUGUCUUCAUGAAGAUGGACAAGGCUAGAACCUAUUAGAAGACUGUCUUCAUGAAGAUGGACAAGGCUAGAACCCAUUAGAAGACUGUCUUCAUGAAGAUGGACAAGGCUAGAACCCAUUAGAAGACUGUCUUCAUGAAGAUGGACAAGGCUAGAACCCAUUAGAAGACUGUCUUCAUGAAGAUGGACAAGGCCAGAACCCAUUAGAAGACUGUCUUCAUGAAGAUGGACAAGGCUAGAACCCAUUAGAAGACUGUCUUCAUGAAGAUGGACAAGGCUAGAACCCAUUAGAAGACUGUCUUCAUGAAGAUGGACAAGGCUAGAACCCAUUAGAAGACUGUCUUCAUGAAGAUGGACAAGGCUAGAACCCAUUAGAAGACUGUCUUCAAGAAGAUGGACAAGGCCAGAACCCAUUAGAAGACUGUCUUCAAGAAGAUGGACAAGGCUAGAACCCAUUAGAACACUGUCUUCAUGAAGAUGGACAAGGCUAGAACCCAUUAGAAGACUGUCUUCAUGAAGAUGGACAAGGCUAGAACCCAUUAGAAGACUGUCUUCAUGAAGAUGGACAAGGCUAGAACCCAUUAGAAGACUGACUUCAUGAAGAUGGACAAGGCUAGAACCCAUUAGAAGACUGACUUCAUGAAGAUGGACAAGGCUAGAACCCAUUAGAAGACUGUCUUCAUGAAGAUGGACAAGGCUAGAACCCAUUAGAAGACUGUCUUCAUGAAGAUGGACAAGGCUAGAACCCAUUAGAAGACUGUCUUCAUGAAGAUGGACAAGGCUAGAACCCAUUCGAAGACUGUCUUCAUGAAGAUGGACAAGGCUAGAACCCAUUAUAAGACUGUCUUCAUGAAGAUGGACAAGGCCAGAACCCAUUAGAAGACUGUCUUCAUGAAGAUGGACAAGGCUAGAACCCAUUAGAACACUGUCUUCAUGAAGAUGGACAAGGCUAGUAGCCCUGAAGGGACAAUAGAGAGGAACAAUCUGCUGUUGCUGUUCACUCCAAUAGGAAAAUAACAGUAGUUAAGAGGAGAAUUGUAAUCAGAUACGUUGUUAAUGUUUAUACCUAAUAAUGAUGUCACUGGUUCAUUCUGAACUAUUUUAGGGCUGCUUUCGGAGAUUCUGCUCUAAUCUCAAUGGAGAUUCUGCUUUAAUCUCAAUGGAGAUUCUCCAUUCACCUGCUUCCUAGUCCAGAACUAGGUUUAGGCCUAAUGUCCAGGACUAGGUUUAGGCCUAAUGUCCAGAACUAGGUUUAGGCCUAAUGUCCAGAACUAGGUUUAGGCCUAAUGUCCAGAACUAGGUUUAGGCCUAAUGUCCAGAACUAGGUUUAGGCCUAAUGAGGAAACCCGGCCCAUUAUAAAGCUAUAUAUUAACCUAUUAUGAAAGUUUAAGCCUUGACGGGACUCAGCAACUACAGUAGAGGGGUUCAGAGGGUCGUAAUAUUGGUUCUCUACGCAAUUCAUUACAGUGCCUUUAUGUCAAUCUUUUAAAAUGUAUUGCCACAUUUUCCUGAGGUCUUACAGUAAGUAAUGGUGUGUAGCUACACUAUAUAUACAAAAGUAUGUGGACACCCCUUCAAAUUAGUCGAUUCGGCUAUUUCAGCCACAUCUGUUGCUGACAGGUGUAUAAAAUCGAGCA